UAAUCCAAAUAAAUGAUAUACGGUGAUGAUUUUCUUUUGAAUAUUUGCAGCGACAAAAGAUGGCGACAUCGGUCCUCUUGGGAACUUUAGACGAUUUGGGAGCAGAAGACUUUAAACGCUUCAAGUGGCUCCUGCAGCAGCGGGGGGUCCUAGAAGACUUCCCAGCAAUCCCAAAGAGUCGACUGGAGAAUGCAGACCGGAUGGACACAGUGGAUCAGAUGUUCCUGACCUACAGUAUAAACACUUUUAAAGUGACCAGGAUAGUUUUAGUCGAGAUGAAUCAGAAUGAUCUAGUUCUAGAUCUAGAGAAGUUACCAAACACCGUCACAGAACCUGCAGAGAUUAUUGCUACAUGCCAGCAAAAAGUCAAAUCCAAAUCACAAACAAAGUUCCGGCGUGUGUUUGAGGGGAUUGCCAAAGCAGGAAACAAAACCCUUCUGAAUCAGAUCUACACAGAGAUCUACAUCACAAAGGGAGGGACUGCAGAGGUCCAUGAUGAACAUGAGAGCAGACAGAUUGAAACAGCAUCCUGGAAACCAGACAGACCAGAAACAACAAUCACACAUGAAGACAUCUUUAAAACCCCAUCUGGAAGUGAGGAACCAAUCAGAACAGUGCUGACAAUGGGAGUGGCUGGCAUCGGGAAAACAGUCUUAACACAGAAGUUCACUCUGGACUGGGCUGAAGAUGAAGCCCACCGGGACAUCCAGUUCACAUUUCCAUUGACCUUCAGAGAGCUGAAUGUGCUGAAAGAGAAAAAAUUCAGCUUGGUGGAACUUGUUCAUUACUUUUUUAGUGUAACCAAAGAAGCAGGAAUCUACAGGUUUGAAGAGUUCCAGGUUGUGUUCAUCUUUGACGGUUUGGAUGAAUGUCGUCUUCCUCUGGACUUCCACAACACUGAGAUCCUGACUGAUGUUACAGAGUCCACCUCAGUGGGUGUGCUCCUGACAAACCUCAUCAAGGGGAAUCUGCUUCCCUCUGCUCGCCUCUGGAUAACCACACGCCCUGCAGCAGCCAAUCAGAUCCCUCCUGAGUGUGUUGACAUGGUGACAGAGGUCAGAGGGUUCACUGACCUACAGAAGGAGGAGUACUUCAGGAAGAGAUUCAGAGAUGAGGAGCAGGCCAGCAAAAUCAUCUCCCACAUCAAGACAUCACGAAGCCUCCACAUCAUGUGCCACAUCCCAGUAUUCUGCUGGAUCACUGCUACAGUUCUGGAGGACGUGUUGAAGACCAGAGAGGGAGGAGAGCUGCCCAAGACUCUGACUGAGAUGUACAUCCACUUCCUGGUGGUUCAGACCAAACAGAAGAACAUCAAAUAUGAUGGAGGAGCUGAGGCAGAUUCACCCUGGAGUCCAGAGAGCAGGAAGAUGAUUGAGCGUCUGGGAAAACUGGCUUUUGAGCAACUGCAGAAAGGCAACCUGAUCUUCUAUGAAUUAGACCUGACAGAGUGUGGCAUCGAUAUCACAGCAGCCUCAGUGUACUCAGGAGUGUUCACACAGAUCUUUAAAGAGGAGAGAGGACUGUACCAGGACAAGGUGUUCUCCUUCGUCCAUCUGAGUGUUCAGGAGUUUCUGGCUGCUCUUCAUGUCCAUCUGACAUUCACCAACUCUGGAGUCAAUCUGCUGUCAGAAGCAAAAUGGUGGUCUAAUCCAUUUAAAGACAUAUCUACACUGACAUAUCUCCACCAGAGUGCUGUGGACAAGGCCUUACAGAGUCGAAAUGGACACCUGGACUUGUUCCUCCGCUUCCUCCUGGGUCUUUCACUGCAGACCAAUCAGAAGCUCCUACGAGGACUGCUGACACAGACAGAAAGUAGCUCAGAGACCAAUCAAGACACAGUUGAGUACAUCAAGAAGAAGAUUAGCGGGCAUCUGCCUGCAGAAAGAAGCAUCAAUCUGUUUCACUGUCUGAAUGAACUGAAUGAUCGUUCUCUAGUAAAGGAGAUCCAACAGGCCCUGAGUUCAGGAAGUCUCUCCACAGAUAAACGGCCUCCUGCUCAGUGGUCAGCUCUGGUCUUCAUCUUACUGUCAUCAGAAAAAGAUCUGGACGUGUUUGACCUGAAGAAAUACGGUGCUUCAGAAGAGGCUCUUCUGAGGCUGCUGCCAGUGGUCAAAGCCUCCAACAAAGCUCUAAUGAGUGGCUGUAAUCUGUCAGAGAGAAGCUGUGAAGCUCUGUCCUCAGUUCUCAGCUCUGAGUCCUCUAGUCUGAGAGACCUGGACCUGAGUGACAACGACCUGCAGGAUUCAGGAGUGAAGAAGCUCUCUGCUGGACUUCAGAGUCCACACUGUAAACUGGAAACCCUCAGGCUGAGUCGCUGUAACCUGUCAGAGAGAAGCUGUGAAGCUCUGUCCUCAGUUCUCAGCUCUGAGUCCUCUAGUCUGAGAGAGCUGGACCUGAGUGGCAACGACCUGCAGGAUUCAGGGGUGAAGAAGCUCUCUGCUGGACUUCAGAGUUCACACUGGAAACUGGAAACUCUCAGGCUGAGUGGCUGUUAUCUGUCAGAGAGAAGCUGUGAAGAUCUGUCCUCAGUUCUCAGCUCUGAGUCCUCUAGUCUGAGAGACCUGGACCUGAGUGACAACUUCCACCUGCAGGAUUCAGGAGUGAAGAAGCUCUCUGCUGGACUUCAGAGUCCACACUGUAAACUGGAAACCCUCAGGCUGAUUAACUGUGAUCUGUCAGAGAGAAGCUGUGAAGCUCUGUCCUCAGUUCUCAGCUCUGAGUCCUCUAGUCUGAGAGACCUGGACCUGAGUGACAACAACAACCUGAAGGAUUCAGGAGUGAAGAAGCUCUCUGCUGGACUUCAGAGUCCACACUGUAAACUGGAAACCCUCAGGCUGAGUCGCUGUAAGCUCUCAGAGAGAAACUGUGAAGCUCUGUCCUCAGUUCUCAGCUCUGAGUCCUCUAGUCUGAGAGACCUGGACCUGAGUAGAAACUUCAACCUGAAGGAUUCAGGAGUGAAGAAGCUCUCUGCUGGACUUCAGAGUCCACACUGUAAACUGGAAACCCUCAGGCUGAGACGCUGUAAGCUCUCAGAGAGAAGCUGUGAAGCUCUGUCCUCAGUUCUCAGCUCUGAGUCCUCUAGUCUGAGAGACCUGGACCUGUGGGGCAACAACCUGAAGGAUUCAGGAGUGAAGAAGCUCUCUGCUGGACUUCAGAGUCCACACUGUAAACUGGAAACCCUCAGGUCAGUAUUAAGAUGAUUGUAAA